GUGUGCACCAGACUCUUGACGUAGUUAUAAUGUAUGAUGAAUCGACUAGCUCUGGUACUUCUGGUUUUUCUUACCAGCGGCAGUUUAUCGUUUCACUAGCCGACGCUCUACAUCUGAGUUCUACUGACACUAACAUUGCCGGAUUUGGUGUAGAUGUCAACGCCUAUUAUGGAUGGGGACUUCGAGAUUAUUUCACAUCAUCUGCAAUAAAUUCAAAGCUGAUAAAAAUAUCGUCAAAUUUAGGAAAUGGAGGCUCAAAUUUGGCACCUGGAUUUGAAAUGGCAUGGGACUCUUUCUUAUCCAAUAGUACCAGACCUGGGUCCCAAGCGUGGCUAAUAGUACUAACUGAUACAACAUAUACGUCCUCCACAAAGGGAUUAGACGAGGCUAAGGCUGCUGGUGUAAAAGUUGGCGUUGUAGGGACGGGAUCAGUGACAAGCUAUUCAGCUUUUGCUUCUGACUCUAAAUAUGUAGUCAGUGGAAUGAGCUGGGGAACUCUUUCCUCUUAUAUUACGAAUGUUGUGGAAUUUUUCUGUCCUGCUUAUUGUGAAAAUUUUGUGUUUUACUACGAUCUUCCAAACAGUAUGAGCGUCCAAGCUGAUACACAUUCGAACGUAGGCUACUAUUUGAGCCCUACAGAUAUCACCUAUGACAUUCACUGUUGUGGAGCUGUAUCCUCUGUUGAGUUCAAGGCCACAACUUCCGGAACAUUUAAAUUUCAAAUAUGGCGGAACUAUGUCUUAGUGUCCGAGACAUCAGUAUCAGCAGCAGCUGGAUUUCAGACUCAUACGUUUUCACCCAAGCUUGCCGUACAGGCUAAAGACGUUAUUGGAUGGUAUUCAUCUGGGGUUAACCCUAUUGGUAUUGCCUCAAAUUGUUCAGGAGACCUGUGUACCAGUGGUACAAAACGAGCCACGAGCAUGGGAGCAGUUUCAGUGGGGUCUUCCUAUUCGUGGUCUAACGCCACUGACCUACCAGACACAGCUUUUGCUAUCAAAUUUACGAUAGUCAACAGGGAAAUAACUUUGAUUGCACCAUUGCCGACUCCUCACGUAGAGACACCCUAUACUCUUACAAUAGAAGUUAUGGAUUCUUGUUUCAACACAGCCACGGCCACUGUUAACAUAACCUCAUAUGCUGUUCCUCCAUCAUUUAAUAAUUUGCCGACGGAAGUAGAGCUAGGAGAUGACGUCACAGCGGAGACCAUUCUAAUUGUUGUUAAUGUGACAGAUGAAUCUGCCCCCAUUAUCACAUGUACGCAAACCUCCAUUUUACCAGAAACACAGUACUUCAGACUCGACGAUUACAUGAAUGGCUACUGUGAAGAUUUUGAUUUCUAUUACGAUGAACCAAACACUAUGAAUGUUCAGGCUGACAACUUUUCCAAUGUAGGGUAUUACUUAGACGGCCUUGAUCUGGCCUACAACAUACACUGCUGUGGAGCGGUAUCCUCUGUAGAGUUCAAGGCCACGACUUCCGGAACAUUCAAAUUUCAAAUAUGGCGAAAAGAAAUGUUAGUGUCGGAGACAUCAAUAUCAGCCACGGGAGUAAACCCUAUUGGAAUUGCUUCGAGUUGUUAUGGAACCCUGUGUACUUCGUCCACAAAAAGAGCCCAGAACAUGGGAACAGUUGCAAUAGGGUCUAUCUAUUCGUGGUAUAGCGCCACCAUUCUGCCGGACACGGCUUUUGCUAUCAAAUUUACGAUUGUUAAUGUUACAGCUCUUACCUUUACAAUGACCUCCCCAGUGUUUAUAUCGGAGACACUGGCUGUGGGGUCUAAUGUCACAGAGGUCAGUGUAACUCACGAUACAGGGAUGGAGUUAAUGUACACAGACCCCUCCAGCCCUUACUUUUCCUUUGACCAGUACACAGGGCUAAUCAGUUUGAUUGGACCAUUGCCUGUAACAAAUACCGAAACAACUUAUGUUUUAGUAAUAGAAGUCUAUGAUACAUGUUACAAUUCCGCCACUGCUACUCUUAACAUAACAUCUUAUAGUGUGCCACCAUCAUUCCAUAAUUUGCCAACGGAAGUAGAGAUCGGAGAUGAUGUCACCGAAGAAACUCUUCUUAUUGUCAUAAAUGCAACAGACGAAUCUGCUCCAUUUAUCAUCUGUACCAAAACGUCGAUUUUACCAGAGACACAGUUUUUCAGAUUGGAUGACUAUAUGAAUGGAUCCGCAGCUGUGUACCUUAAUGCCGAUUCCCAGUUGGACUUUAACACAGCCGAGGAAUAUAAAAUGUUCAUUACAUGUACCGGAAGUUCAUCUCUGGAAUCCAUUUUGACUAUAAGAAUUCUGGAUAAAUCUGUGACAACUCCUUAUUCUGUACCAGACUGGGCGGCAGGGGCCAUUGUUGUCAGUGUCGGUUCAAUGGGUGUAGUCCUAGGCAUGGUCUGCUUUCUGAUUGUAGUCAUUUUGGCAACAACUGACGAAGCUGAAGCACUUCCGCCGGUAGAGGAAGAGGAGAGCACUAAAGCGGAAGUUGACGAUACUGCGAAGAUAUACAAAAACAUUGACAGGAAACCUAAAUAUAGAGAGGGGAGAGUGUUUUGAAUCUUUUUUUUCUGAUAGUUUUUAUGUAAUUUUUUUUAAAGAAAAAUUCAUUGUAAAACAGAGAGCUUGCAGACAAUCGCUCCUUAGAUCUUUUAAUGUAAGAAUUUGAACACAUUAUCAUGACCUUAACUGAUCUGGCACAAUUACAUUGUUUCCAAACAUUAAUUACAUAUCUUUAGUAAUAAUAUUUUUCUUCUUUAAAUCAGGUUUUUCUAUGUAUAAGAUAAACAAAUUUUAAAGAAGGAACUUGCAUAUGGAUCACGAUUUUAUCUUAUUUUUUAAAUAGCAGAAUAUUGUUUUCAACAUAUUACUAAUUAACAUUAAAAACAAGUAUCAGUCGCACUUCACUUGUUUUGUGCGACCUUUACUUGUAGAUGACUAAUACA